AUGGCUUCGAGCAGCUUGAGCCCCACGAAGCUCGAUUAUUUCGACGACAUGUGGAAGCUCCAGUCCAGAGCCAUAUUGCUAUCUUUAUCCAAAGGUGAAGAUGGACGAACAGCUUUGGUAUUGGACCGUACGAUUUUCCAUCCACAAGGUGGUGGUCAACCUGCCGACACAGGCUUCAUCGCCGUCGAAGAUUCUGAUCUCAAAUUCGUAGCAGAAGAUGUACGGUCCAAAGACGGCAUAGUUUACCACUACGGUUUUGUUGAAAAUUCUGUUGAGGAAAUGGAAUCAAAAUUUGAGAAAGGGAAAGAGGUGUUCUUGCGUGUUGAUGAGGCUAGGCGCAAGCUAAAUUCUAGGCUUCACUCAGCUGGGCAUUUGCUGGAUGCAUGUAUGAGAAAUGCGGGAUUGGGUGAUUUAGAGCCAACCAAAGGCUACCAUUUCCCUCAGGGGCCAUAUGUGGAAUACAAAGGCACUGUUCCACAAAAAGAUAUGGAAAUUAAGCAAAAGGAGUUGGAGCUAGAAGCUAAUGCAUUAAUAUCGAGAGGAGGGAAAGUUUCUGCUGCCUUGUUACCAUAUGAAGAAGCGUGUAAACUCUGUGGUGAUUUCCUUCCUGAUUACAUUCCCAAGGACAGCACUCCUCGCAUUGUGAAGCUAGGGGACAGUCCUGGCUGUCCGUGUGGUGGUACCCAUGUUUCUGAUAUUUCAGAGAUCAAGAGUCUUACGAUUUCUCAAAUACGAACAAAGAAAGGAUCCACAAAGGUGUUCUACAAUGUUGGGUCCUAA